CAAGUCUCUUGGCUGUGAGGUGAUCUAGGCUAAAGCCAUUGACUAGCUCUCUCAACUGCCUGAAAUACAUCAUUCCUAUCUGAUUUUUGUUUUCCUAUGCAGGUGGUGUCCGCGGUAUUUAUCAGCUAUUAAUAUCACCUCCCCCCCUCCUGUGUUGUUCCUUGUUCCCCUCCCCUUUUACUUUUAGCUAUUCCAGCCUCGCGCAACUUUUAAUUCGAGGGUUUGAUCGUCCGUUUUCAUCGGAUGACCUAUAUGCGACCAUGAAGCUCGGUUGGCUUCAGGUAACUGCCGUGACGGCGGCUUCGGUCGUGAGCGCACAGGAUAAUCUCGAGUACUCGCCUCCAUUCUACCCGUCCCCAUGGGCCAAUGGCCAAGGCGAAUGGGCGAAGUCGUACCAGCGUGCAGUCGAGCUGGUGUCGCAAAUGACCUUGGCGGAAAAGGUGAACCUGACGACGGGAACUGGGUGGAUGCUGGAUAAGUGUGUGGGUCAGACGGGCAGUGUUCCAAGACUCGGUAUUCAAUCGAUUUGCUUGCAGGAUAGCCCCCUGGGUAUCCGUUUCGGGGACUACAAUUCCGCCUUCCCGGCUGGGAUCAACGUUGCCGCGACCUGGGACAAACAGCUGGCGUACCUUCGGGGCCAGGCGAUGGGCCAGGAAUUCAGCGAUAAAGGAAUCGAUGUUCAAUUGGGCCCAGCUGCUGGCCCACUGGGCAGACAUCCCGAUGGGGGUCGCAACUGGGAAGGUUUCUCUCCGGACCCGGCUCUAACGGGCGUGCUCUUUGCCGAGACCAUUCGAGGGAUCCAGGAUGCUGGUGUGAUUGCGACGGCCAAGCACUACAUUGCAAACGAGCAGGAGCAUUUCCGCCAAACGCCCGAGGCUGAGGGCCUUGGCUUUGAGAUCUCCGACACUCUCAGCUCCAACGUCGAUGACAAGACCAUGCACGAGUUGUAUCUCUGGCCUUUCGCCGAUGCUGUGCGAGCUGGCGUCGGAGCGAUCAUGUGCUCUUACAACCAAAUCAACAACAGCUAUGGCUGUCAAAACAGCCAGACGCUUAACAAGCUUCUCAAGGCGGAGCUGGGUUUCCAGGGCUUCGUCAUGAGCGACUGGAGCGCCCAGCAUAGCGGUGUUGGUGCUGCUCUGGCUGGUAUGGAUAUGUCAAUGCCUGGCGAUAUCGCCUUCAACGAUGGUCUGUCUUUCUACGGGACGAAUCUGACCAUUGGGGUCCUGAAUGGCACGAUCCCACAAUGGCGGGUGGACGAUAUGGCUGUUCGUAUCAUGGCCGCUUACUACAAGGUCGGCCGUGAUCGCCUCCACACCCCGCCGAACUUUAGCUCUUGGACGCGUGAUGAGUUCGGUUUCGAGCACAACGCGGUCUCGGAAGGCGCCUACGAGAGGGUGAAUCACUUUGUGGAUGUGCAGCGGGACCAUGCUCAGAUCAUCCGUCGCGUUGGUGCCGACAGCGUGGUCUUGUUGAAGAACGAAGGCGCGCUGCCCCUGAGUGGCAAGGAAAAGAAGGUCAGUAUUCUGGGCGAGGAUGCAGGCUCCAACCCCUGGGGUGCCAAUGGCUGCGACGACCGCGGAUGCGACAACGGCACGCUUGCCAUGGCCUGGGGCAGUGGCACGGCCGAGUUCCCCUACCUCGUGACCCCCGAGCAGGCGAUCCAGAGCCAAGUGAUCAAUGGCCGGGGCAACGCGUUUGCGGUGACCGACAACUGGGCUCUGGACCAGAUGGCCAAGGUGGCUGCUCAGUCGAGCGUGGCUCUUGUUUUCGUCAAUGCCGAUGCGGGCGAGGGUUUCAUUAGUGUGGACGGGAACAACGGUGACCGCAAGAACCUGACGCUCUGGAAGAACGGCGAGGAAGUCAUCAAGACCGCGGCCAAGAGCUGCAACAACACCGUGGUGGUGAUCCACUCGGUCGGGCCGGUUCUGGUCGAUGAAUGGUAUGAACACCCCAACGUGACCGGGAUCCUCUGGGCUGGUCUGCCCGGCCAGGAGUCGGGCAACUCCAUCGCCGAUGUGUUGUACGGUCGUGUCAAUCCCGGUGCCAAAACUCCGUUUACCUGGGGCAAGACGCGUGAGGCGUAUGGUGCUCCAUUGGUCACCAAACCCAAUAAUGGCAAGGGCGCGCCCCAGGCCGACUUCACCGAGGGCGUCUUCAUUGACUACCGCGGGUUUGACCAGAAGAACGAGACUCCCAUUUAUGAGUUCGGCUACGGUCUGAGUUACACCACCUUUGGGUUCUCCAAUCUCCAUGUCUCACCUCUGAAGGGCCCCGCGUACCAGCCGGCCUCGGGCAAGACCGGAGCGGCCCCGAAGUUGGGCAAGACCGGCAAGGCGUCUGACUAUCAAUAUCCCAAGGGACUGCACCGCGUCCAUCAAUUCAUCUACCCCUGGUUGAAUUCGACUGAUCUGAAAUCAUCCUCCGGCGAUCCCCACUACGACCGUGACGUCGAUGAGUGGGUGCCCGAGGGGUCGCACGACGGAUCUCCCCAGCCUAUCCUGCCUGCCGGCGGUGGCGCAGGGGGCAACCCGCGUCUGUAUGAAGACCUGUUCCGAGUGUCUGUCACCAUCACGAACACGGGCAAUGUUGUGGGUGACGAAGUUCCUCAAUUGUACGUGUCUCUCGGUGGCCCUAACGAGCCCAAGAAGGUGCUGCGCAAGUUUGAACGCCUGCACCUGGCCCCCUCGCAGCAGGUUGUGUGGUCGACGACGCUGAGCCGUCGGGAUCUUUCCAACUGGGACGUGCAGAAGCAGGAUUGGGUCAUCACUCCUUACCAUAAGGAGAUCUUUGUGGGCAGCUCAUCUCGACAGCUGCCCCUCCAUGCAUCUUUGCCCGCUGUGUAGUAGGGUUGAUUCUAUUCGCUUGUACAGAUUUUGGAUGUACAUUGGAUAAACGUGGGCUAGGUUUCUGUGGUCUCACGAUACAUUCCUGCAUUCUUAACUUCUUUUCUUAAUAUUAAUCUAUUAUGACCAC